AUGAGCAGCCCAAAGCGCAGAAUCGAGACUGAUGAUGUACGUUCGCCGCCGCUCGUGUUGCCCCGCGCAGAGUCACUCUGCCCGACCGCCACCCGACAUGGUUAUCAUGAUAAGAAGCUGAUGUGCAACAGGUUGAUGAGUGACUACGAGGUAACUCUCGUCAAUGACAACAAAUUCUACGUCCGGUUCAAAGGCCCCGAAGAGACUCCCUUUGCCGGCGGCCACUGGAAAAUUCACGUCGAGUUGCCCGACACGUACCCCUACAAAAGUCCCAGCAUCGGCUUUGUGAAUCGAAUCUUCCACCCAAACAUUGACGAGCUCUCCGGAUCCGUUUGCUUGGAUGUGAUCAAUCAGACCUGGUCGCCCAUGUACGACAUGAUCAAUAUCUUCGAAGUCUUUCUGCCACAGCUACUGCGCUACCCCAACCCUUCGGAUCCACUGAAUGGCGAGGCGGCCGCUCUGAUGAUGCGUGAGCCCAAGGGAUACGAAGCGAAGGUCAAAGACUACGUCGCCAAGUACGCCAGCAAGGAAGCCGUCGAUGACGCAGGCGAAGACACCGAGUCUGAAGACGAAUUGAGCUCGGCCGGGAGCUACGAAUCCGGGGGCGAAGAGCCCGCCGGAGCUAUGGAUGACGUUUGA